AUGGCGGACUAAGUUCUUUUGUUGACGUUUUUUCUUUAGACUCUUAAAAAGCCGAUAAUGCUAUUUAUCUAAUCAACUUUUAAAAACUAUUGUCCUAGUUUACUGUUUAGUUGUUCUACUUCAAAACUUUUAUACAAGUAAAUUUAAAGUUAAAAUAGAAAAUUAAGAACUUAUUUGGACUUAAUUCUAUACUUAUGCAAACCAACAAGAUGAGAGGUCGCCCUCCAAAGGCAAAGUCAACAUGUACUAUGUGCAAUGACUCAAAGCAUCCUUUAAAUUAUGUAUUACCUACACAAAAUGGAAAAAAAGAAUUUUGUUCUGUUAAUUGUCUUACAGAAUUCCGAAAAGAAUAUGUUAAGAACGGAUGUGCAAAUUGUGAUAAUAUAAUUAAAGGCUCUCCAGUUAAACAAGAAAAUCAAGAUUCUACACCAAAAAACUUUUGUUCAACUGCUUGUUUAAAUAAACAUCAAAGAAAAGAACAAACCAAAAAAACUGUAUUUGGAGAUGUUCAAGUGGAAAAUCCAUUUUCUACUCAUGGUAAUCCAGUAUUUGAUUGGGAUAAUUAUCUUAAAGAAACUUCAAGCACAGCAGCUCCUACUUAUUGUUUUAAACAGCAUGAAGUAUCCCCUGAAAAUGAAUUUAAACCAAGUAUGAAAUUGGAAGCAGUUGAUCCACGGAACAUAACAUCUAUGUGCAUUGCAACCGUCAUAGGUGUUGUUGGCCCUAGAAUACGUCUUCGUCUAGAUGGAGGAGAUAAUAAAAAUGAUUUUUGGCGAUUAGUUGACUCUUCAGAAUUAAAACCCAUAGGUUACACAGAAAAAAAAGGUGGAAUGUUACAACCUCCACUUGGCUUUCGUAUGAAUGGUUCACUUUUCCCCAUGUUCCUAGUAAAAACCCUUAAUGGAGCUUUCUAUUCUCCAGAUACUGCUUUUAAAUCUGAACCAGAUACUCCUACUGAUAAUCUAUUUAAAGUUGGUCAAAAAAUUGAAGCAGUUGAUAAAAAAAAUCCACAUUUAAUUUGUGUAGCAACUAUUGGUGAUGUUAAUAAAAACAAUAUAUUUGUUACAUUUGAUGGAUGGAGAGGUGCAUUUGACUAUUGGUGUUCAUAUGAUUCUAGAGAUAUAUUUCCUGUAGGAUGGUGUGUAAAAAGUGGCCAUCCACUGCAGCCACCUGGUCACAAAGGAUCUCGUUAUUCAGGAGGUAGACCAAAUAGUGCACAAUCUUCAGCAAAUAUGAAACACAAUUUUAAUGAUUCUAUAAAUUUAACUCCAGAUAGUGCAAGUGAUCUUGAAGCUGGUAUUCAAGAAUCAUGUUCUGUGUUUAUAAACCAUGAGUGCAAGUGUGGUCCAUUUAUGGAUUCUUCUAAAUUAUUUGAACUUCCCAAGCAAUUAGGGCCGGGAUUAGUACAAAAAGUUUUAAAAGAUACUAUACAACAUUUAGUAAACACUGCACAUGAUAUACAAUCAGUUACAACAUUGAUGAAGAAACAAGGUGAUAGUACAUGUACAAUAACAGCUACAUAUGAAGGAAAAUCUCGAGUUUUUAAAUUACCAAAAAUUGAAAAAACAGAUGAAUUUUGGGACUAUAUCAAAACUCUGUUAGAGGAUUUAUCAUGUUGCAAAAAUUUGUUAAGUCCUGCUUUAAAUGUUUGUUCCGAGUGUAAACUAGAAAAGAACGUGAACGAAGUAAUAACAAACGAUAGCAAAAGUAUAAAACGACAUGGUUCACCAGAAAGUUCAACUCCAGAUGAAGUAACAUUAGUAACAAAAAAAUUAUGUACAACAGAACCUGAAAUGGAAGCUGCAUCUUCAACAACACCAACUGAAGGUCCAUUAAGAUUACCUGUAGACCCUGCAGAAUGGUCCGUAGAAGAUGUUAUACAACAUAUAAAUUGUAUAGACUUACAAUUGAAUACAUUUGCUGAUCUUUUUAGAAAACAUGAAAUUGAUGGAAAAGCUUUACUAUUAUUGAACUCUGAUACAAUGAUGAAAUACAUGGGACUUAAAUUAGGGCCUGCUUUAAAACUUCAAAAUUUAAUUAAUAGAUUAAAACCUCGACGGAGAUAAAAGUCAAUAACAUUGGGAGCUUAUUAUUCAAGGUUGAUAACAAUGAAUUUUAGAUUAUUAAAAGUUAUUUCUCCAACUAUUAUAAUGUAUUAUGAAUGAUUGGUGCUUAGGUAAUAGAUAUUUACUAUGAAAUCACGUAAAUUUAAAAGUUUUUUAAUUAU